UUUUUUUAUGAAACCUAACAUGGCAUCUCCCACACACACACUCUUUUCUUAUACCAUGGAAUCCUCCUCCUUUGUAUGAUAUUAAUCAUAUUGAUUUGCACAAACCAGUAUAAUACUUUCGUUCGCCUAUCUGUUCAAUUUUUUUCUUCAUAUUCGGCUCUUAGAGGAGCUUCUAAAAAGAUUCUUUUCUUUUUCGAUUUAUCUCAGCAGAACCUUUCGUUUCUCAGUCCUUUUCGUCUUGGAUUCACUGCCUCGCUUAUAUAAUAUUUUACUCUUUUCUCUUAUAUAUUUGAUUUGUCAGAUCCGCCUUCAUCUCUACUUACUGCUCCCCUCUAUACGCACGCUGCCGCUCACGUUGUGUAUAAACAUACGUCCAUUCCUUUUACCCCACUACGACAUCAAUCUACACUUUUUACGAUUCUCUUUUUUUUUUUUCUUUUUCUUUUCUUGUUCGUUUACUCUUUUUGUUUACUUUAUGUUGCCAAAUUGUUGUUCUUGAUUCAUCGUAUAUUCAAUUGCUUGUUGGUAAGCUGCUCAAUAAAACCAAACAAAUCCUCACUCUGUUUGUUUGUUUACAAUCGCCUCAUUCGUAUCUCACGCUGGGUAAAUUCUUCUCCAAAACAGAUAAAAGGAAUGUAUCCCUUUACACAAAUUUUUGUUUUUCAUAGUGCUUUUUUUGUUAAAAUACUUUUCGUUGUUUGAUUGCAUAAAUCUACAAGUCUUGGUUUCUUGAAAAAACUUCUUUCUACCUUCUUUUUGAAACGGUUCCUUGGUAUUUUUAAUCCUUCAAACUUCUUGACGGUUUUUAUUACCUCGUUUGUGUUCCCAAAUUUUGCUCUUGUUCCCUUCUCAACUUCUUUUCUUUUCAUUUUUCGUUCUGUAUGCGUCUUAUUUCUCUUUAAUCAAUCCCAUGCGAAAUUCAAAAGCCUCUUUUUACAUAGAUUCCCCUCAUCCCCGUCCCUCUACUCCUAUCCCCAAAAUACAGUUGUCUAGUGAACCUUCUCCGGCUCGUUAUGAACCAUUUGUACGUUCUCCUCUCUCUCAUGCCACCCUCCCUCACGUUCCUCCUCCUCCUCCUCCUCCUCCUCCAUCUAAAUCUUACUCCAACCUUUCCACCGCUUACCAAGCGCCUGCUCGUGAUUCUAGACAUUCUCAACAUUCAAGUCAUCCCCAUGAUCCUUCUACUCCUAUUCGACACUCAAAAUCCUCCCCCAGUAUCCUCUCGCAGUAUAAUCCAUCCUCCCGGUCAUCUCGGAGUUCCUCCAAGUCGAACACUUCCGAAGGUCAUGAUCAUGAUCACGAGUCUCAAGGUUCAUCCUUCAAUUCUUUUAGGACUUCUAUCCAUUCUUCUUUUAAUCUUCCUUCAUCUUCUCACUUGCAGUCUCCUGAUUCUCCAAAACAUGCUCGUUUUGUAUUCCCCAAACCGCCCUCAAACCCGCAACAGGAACAAAAAUUGUCUUUUCGUGAACCAUUUGUUCAGCGGCCUUCCGAAUACUCUCGCGACCGGUCUUCUUCCUCUAAUUCUUCUCGCCCACUUCAUCCUCAGUCUGUAUCUGGACAUGGAGUAUUACAGUCAGAAAAAGAAACUUCCCCAGAUCUUCCAAAACAAUCACCAACAUUGUCUAAAAAGCGUUUAAAACAAUUUUGGCGCCGUUGCAAACACCCUUCCACCUGGAAGGUCCCUUCGUAUAUGCAAUGGAUUUCCAAAAACCUAAAUAGAAAGGGGAUAAAGCCUGUAAUUCGAGCAUCUCUGAACACUUGGAUAGCCUUUCUUCUUCUCAUAUGCAACCAUACCAACCGGGUUUUAGGUAUGGCUAGUUUCUUUGCUGUAAUUACUUCCAUGCUGGUACCUGCUAUGGAACCGAUAGCUCCUAUGUUAUGGAAGUGCGCCUUCCAAUUUUUACUGCUAUUUAGUUCUUACGCUUGGACUGUGUUGGCAUCCAAACUUGCUGCUGUGUCUCGUGGCUCCCCUUCGAAGGAACAAUGUUUACAGAAUGCCAUUGCGGAUGGAUUUCACUGUAGUAACCCUAGCCAAGGAAUGCAGGGAUGUUUGACUGAAGCAAUUUUCCAGGGUUAUUUCGUCCGUCCCUUGCCAUCAAUUAUAUGGGCUCUUUUCGAGUUUUCCGCUGUUGCCGUUUUUAUUCGCAUCAAAAUGAAGUAUAAACCUUUAAACUUCCCUUGCGUCUUUGCAAUCAUUUGUGCUGCAGUUAGUGCAAAUUAUGGACCAAUGUACCCCUACUUUUAUCCUCGUGUUGGUCUAUUUUUUAUUAUCCCCAAUGCAAUUCAAACCGCCAUUACUGUCGGUUGCACACUCUUUAUAAUUCCCGAAACAUGCAAUUUUUCGUACAAUAGUAUGUUGUGUACUGUUACAGAAAAUACGAGAAAAUUUAUGCAAAAGCAGGUGGAAAUGUUGUCACAUUCUCCUACUUCCGAAGGCUGGAAGUUUUUCGCUUCUACUUUAGAAAAGGAUAAUGCUGAUUUGAAAACUUUAUUAACGAAAAUGAAGUCGAAUGAGGUUUUUUUGGAUACUGAAUUUUCUUAUGGUCGUUUGAAGGGUGAGGACUUGGUAUCUUUGCAAAGACUUUUUAGGAAAACUAUUCUUCGUUUAUCUUCUUUUUCUUAUUUCUGCAAACUUAUUGAUCACAAUAUGCAAAUUUAUGACGAAGAAACUAUGAUGCAAGCUGAAAAAGCAACUUUGCAUUCUAGAGCUGGGACACCGGUGCCUUCUAUACGAUCUGCCUCGCCAAAUCGGGCUGCUUAUGAAAGUGAUAGGUUUUUGUCCCCAACCCACCACCGUACAACUUCAAAUCAAACGGAAUACGAGAGAGGCCGAAAUGCAGCAGCAAGUCAGUUAAAUGUUCCUGUUGAUGAUAAUCUACGGACUAUUCGAUCUUUCGGUCCAAACAACUUGUCGUCAACUUCCUUAAACGAUGGUAAUUUUCUCCAGCACCAUAAACGGUCGCAUUCUGCCUUAACUAUAGCAGCCGGUAAUAUCCCCGGUCAUCAUAGGGGUCGUCAAAGUUCACCAGGCUCUAAAAGUCACCGAAGUCGGAGUCGUUUGCGAGGAGCAAUUGGAAAGUUAUACAGAGAAACCAAAAAGUCAUAUAAACCGGUGGGAAUGCUAGAAGCCCAACAUUACCUAGCUUUGGAGAAUAGGUUGCCAUAUAAUCGGCCCCAGUUUCUUGACUCAAUCCUGUCUGUUUUACAGACAUCAUCCGCAGAUUUAAUUGAUCAAACGAUUUAUGCUUUAGAUGCUAUAAGUGCUUGGCUAAACGAAGUUAAUCACGAUCGGUUCAAGCGUAUUUUUUCCAAAAAAAAUCAGAAAGAAGCCAGUGAUGGUCGUCUUCGGCUUAUGAAGUUACACUAUGAUCAUUUAUCCGAGGUACUUUCCGAUUUUGAAAAGGAGAAGUGUUUUGAAGUCCGAAAACCUUACGAGCCAUUAUUUCAAAAUGCAGAUACAGAAGGUUUCUAUAUGCAUUCUUUAAGAUCACUGUUCGUGGUAUAUUAUUACGAGUCUCAUUUGAUGCAGGCCGUUCGGGGCGUUUUGCAGAUUUUAAAUACAGUUAUCGAUCUGGAAGAAAGACGUCCUCGCCGACGUUUGUGGUGGCCUUUGAGGACUUUACGAGCCAAUUUGUACUCUCAACUUUCUGGUCAUGAUGAUUUCCAUGAUGAUGUGGAAGACGUAGAGAAGGAUAUGAACGAGUCGAGCACACAAACCAGAAAUCCAGAUGCGGACCGUCCAUCCAAUUUGUAUCAUGUCAUAGGUUUACAUUCAAUGCGUUUUUUCAAAUCUAUAUUCAGGCCGAUGAAUAUUUUUGUUUUAAAAGUUGGAGCGCUGGCUGUCAUUUGUACGAUCCCUGCAUUUGUUAGAAGUAGUGCUCGUUGGUAUUAUUACAAUAGAGGUUUAUGGGCUGUGAUUCUGGCUACGAUGAGCUUACAACGUUAUACUGCUGAUACUGUUUAUGGAUACCUCAUGAGAGUUAUCGGCACAUUUUUCGGCACUGUUGUUGGUAUGGUCAUAUGGUAUACAGGUGAUGGACAUGGCCUAGGAAACGCUUACGGGUUAGCUGUGGUUUUGGCAGUUGUUCUCCCUUUUGUCAUGUUCGUUAGGGUUCAUCUUAUAAUUUUGACCCCAAUGCCGUCAGUUAUUUUCUCAGUGACAGUUGCUCUUACUGUUAGCUACUCUUGGAAAGCUUUUCAUGAGCCUGGAAUUGUAACGUUCGGAGUCGGUUGGGAUGUUGCUUAUCGCAGAUUUCUUGUCGUUAUGGCUGGAAUUACGGCGGCUUUUAUUUUUUCCUUCUUGCCGAAACCCCUUACAGCUAGAUAUGCUAUUCGAAAAAGCAUCGGAAAUACCCUUAUUGAACUCGGAGCACUUCAUUGCGAAAUUUCAAAUUUUUCACGAAGAGUUGAUCAUGAGCAUAUUGACACAGAAAUCCAAAGUAAGAUAUUAAAUCUAACUCAGACAGUUCAAGCUCUGAAAGAGAGAUUACCUAUGGUAAGCUAUGAACCUUCCCUAGUGGGAAAAUGGCCUAUGGAUAAAUAUCAGUCUCUCUGUGAAACCGAGUUAUCGUUGUUGGAUUUACUUAAUUCAUUGAUGACAACCUUUACAACCCUCGAUGAAGAAUGGAUGUAUGCAUUAUUAAGAAGAGUCGGUUGGUUUGAUCAUAAGUUUGUUGCUGAUCAAUUGGCCGUUCUCUAUAUGUCUUCAAACGCACUUCAAACUGGUAAUGCUUUACCUCAAAUCGUUCCUUCCCCUCUAGUAGACCGCUUUUUUACUAAAAGCGGCGAUGUAUUCUUGCCUCCCGUUUUCAGCGAUACCCAAUCUCAAGGUCAUACGAGAAUAAGUUAUGAGAUGUUAAAUAAUAUGAGUUACCUUAAUUUUGCUGUCGGUUGUACGAUUGCAUAUGCAAUUGUUAAUCAGAUUGAUCGAAUUAUGUUUAUUACGAAAUCCUUAUGCGGUGAAAUUUAUGACAUGGAUGAAUGGCCUUUCUUAAUGGAGGAUGAAUACGGCUUUUAUAAAAAAGAGCCUGAAGUUGCUGAACAACAACGACGAAUGCACGAUAUGAUUUGAUUAAAAUUUUUAAUUAUGAAUUUCAACUUCAACUUAAAAGUUAUAUCUUGUUAUAGCUUCAUUUAUUGAUGGAUGGUUUAUGAGUACAUAUCAAAAGUUUUUUUCUUUUUGGAAGAGCGUUAUAAUAGCUAUCAUUUUUUCCUUCGUUUAUCAAGCAGAUGAAAUUGACUUUGUGACAAAAUCUAAUUAUUACUUACAGGGCUAGAUUAUAUAAAAUCGAUUACUCUUCUAAGAUUGUUUACUAUAAAAGAUCUAUGAAUUCCUGAAAAAUUUAGGUAUAUAAAUAUUUAUACCGUGGCGGUAGUAGUUUGUGCAACUCUAAAAAGUACAAUUACAGUAACUUAUUUAUCC